GCAAAAAUCAACUUAGAGGAAAAAUGUGAAAUAUUCUGUGAUUAAUUUUCUCUUCCUUCCAGAGUUACUGUCGAAUAAAUCACCUUUAGUUUUAUUGCACAAGUGCAUUCGUGCAUGCAUUGAUUAUUAUUAUUCUUUAUUUUUGAAAACAAGUUUAGAAAUGAUCCAGUGCAUGUUGUGGGAGUUGAGCAGACGCCCAUCUUUAAGGUUCUCUGAUGUACUGCGCGAGCUCCCGUAGCACUGAUUGGCACUCCCUCAUAGUGCUGGAAACAUGGCGUCCGUGUGCACACGGCUGAGCCUCAACUCUGCAGACGGGGAGUGAAACUGCAUUUCGGGGCAAUUCCGCAGGAUUUGUACGUGCAAAGAGCAGAUGCCGGAUCGCGUCUUUCUUUAGGUCGGACAUGUUUCAACCCAUGCACGAGUAGCGAAAGUGCAUCGUGCCGCGGCCCGGUAUGGAGCCUUCAGGACAAGGCAGGCCAAUAGAUUCACCAAAAAAUGUGUCCCAGCAGAACUCUAAGGCGGAGGAGAUGUGGGACGAGCUCAGCCAGGAGGAGGACUGUCUUUAUGGUGCCUCCCCUCCCCGCAACCCCCGUCAGAUAAAACGCAUGUCGGGGAAGCACCUACGCGGUGGUCAGAGCAGGGCUGUAGGACGUUCUCCUGUAAAAGACAAAACUCUGUCCAGUCUGUCUUCUCAGAGAGAGCAGGAAGGAAGCAAAACACAUGAAUAUUCUGAUGAGUUAACUUACAAGCAAGGCAAAAAACACCGUUCCAAUUUAAGAUCUAACGAGAGGGACAAAAAGAAGACUUUCGAGGGCUCUUUUAUGCUGGGUUCUCUCUCUAAAUCAGGUCCCUUAAGUGCAGUCAACAUGGAUCCCAGGAAGCCAUAUCUGAGUCUGGGUCCUGUAACUGUGCCUCCCUCCCUGCCUCGUACUCACCGUCAGACUUCGCGAACCGAUUGUCCUGCUGACCGCCUGAAGUUCUUCGAGACCCUUCGCCUUCUUCUCAAGCUGACGUCUAUGUCGUCGAAAAAGAAAGAGAAGGAACAACGUGGCCUGGAGAACAAUGCCUUUAUGGGACAGAACAACGAAGUGAUCUGGCUGGAGCUGCAAGCCUGGCAUGCACGCCGCAGCAUCAAUGACCAGGACUACUUCUUAUUCACGGCUCGUCAGGCUAUCCCUGAUAUCAUCAAUAAGGUGCUACACUUUAAGGUGGACUAUAGCAGCCUGGCCAGACCUAAAGCCCGACUUGGGACUGAGGUACACAGGAAUUGCUGCUCAGAAGGGGCUAACUAUGAAACCUGUACCGGCUCGUGGCUGGAGGUUGAUGCAACAGCAUUGCUGGGUCCGGGUUCGACCUGCAUGGAACACUUGCAGAGGCAGCGUUUGGCGUUUGAGCAGGUGAAUGGCGUCAUGGGGUUGCUGGAGUCUGUAGAAGCCCUCUACCCCUCUUUGCAGACCCUGCAGAAGGACUAUGAAAAGUAUGCAGCGAGAGACUUCCAGGGCAGAGUGCAGGCACUCUGCUUAUGGCUCAACAUUACUCAGGACCUGAAUCAGAAGCUGCGGGUUAUGGGUACCGUGCUGGGCCUUGGGGACCUUUCUAACAUCGGCUGGCCUGUCUUCGAGAUUCCCUCACCUCGCUGCUCUCAUGAAAACGACGUUGAAGAAGACGACAAUGACCUAACGGCCGACUUUACCGCAAAUUCCGAGGAGCCGGAAAUUGAUGAGGGAGGCGUCAAGAGGGAUCCUACGACCUGCAAGUUUAACCAUCAGUUAUCAGAGGAUCUAUUCCCAAUAUGUAGCAGUGAAAUCCAGAGCUGCCCAACUGGCAUCUACAGACCCUUUGUAGACAAGGCACUGAAACAGAUGGGUUUGCGCAAGCUCAUCCUACGACUGCACAAGCUGAUGGACCGAUCAUUACAGAGGGCCCGGACUGCACUGCUGAGCCACGUGCCUGCUCAAGAGUGGUCUGAGGUUCCGGAUUGUUCCUUGCUGUACACUGACUACCUUCCCGAACUCUCUCGUCACCUGGCCGGAUGUUCUGAAGAGGAGUCGGCUUCGGGUCGCGUAUCCUGUGAGGAGCUGAAGAACAUGGACCUACCCUCGUUUCAUCCUGCCUUCUUGGUUCUCUGCCGUGUUCUUCUGAACGUUAUUCACGAGUGCCUCAAGCUACGCCUUGAACAAAGACCUGCUGGAAAGCCUUCGCUGCUCAGCAUCAAGCAGUUGGUGCGUGAGUGUAAGGAAGUACUGAAAGGUGGGCUUUUGAUGAAACAGUACUACCAGUUCAUGUUACGUGGCAUCAUUUCUGACUCGCAAGGACUGCAGACCAAGGCGAACAUUGAUGAGUUUGAGGAAGAUCUCCAUGAAAUGCUAGAGGUUUAUUUCGGCUACAUGCGCAGUUGGAUCGAGAUGUUGCAGCAGCUUCCACAAGCUUCCCACAGCCUGAAAAACCUACUAGAGGAGGAGUGGAAUUUUACGAAGGUCAUCACGCCAUACAUCCGUGGUGGAGAAGCUCAGUCUGGGAAGCUCUUCUGUGACAUUGCUGGCAUGCUGCUGAGAUCAACUGGGGACUUCCUGGACACAGGUCUUCAGAAGAGCUGUGAUGAGUUUUGGGAAAGUGCUGAUGGCAGUACUGCCCUGGAUGAGAUCAGGCGAUCCGUGAUCGAGACAAGUCGCUCCCUCAAAGAGCUUUUUCACGAGGCUAGGGAGCGAGCAUCUAAAGCACUGGGCUUUGCUAAAAUGCUACGAAAGGACCUCGAGAUUGCUGCCGACUUCAUCCUAGCCAGCGGCGUGCCUUGCCUCCUCCAGGCUUUGAAAAGUAGAAGCUAUGUCAAGGUACAUAUCCCAGGCUUGGAGGAACUCCAGGUCUUCGUCCCAUGCAAUCUGAUAGACCAGCGGCUCACCAUCUUGCAGUUGCUGAAUGCAGCCGCGGGAAAAGAGUGCUCCAAGGAGCCCGACGAGAUCCCUGAGGACGAGGCCUACCUUUUGAUGAGCAAGCAUGGAGCUGGGGAUGUGCCUAUCGAGUCCAGCUGGGCCCUUUGGGAUGGGAAUGUGGUCAAACUGGUGCCACAAAUGGAGACAGCAGACACAUUGAAGGCAAUGAAGGUGGAGAAUAUGUUGAUGAUUGUAAUGCAGUCUGGCCAUCUGGUGGCCCAACGUAAAGCCUUCCAGCAGUCUAUGGGCGAGCUGUUGACUCUACGGCGUGAGCAGACGUCUAGCCAGCCCCUUAUUGCCAAAGCACUGGAGCAACUCAAGAACGAAGCUCUAAACUUGUGCAAUAAGAUCAACAAUGCCAUAGACCGUGUGGAAUACAUGUUCACCACCGAGUUUGGAGAAGAAGUGGAAGAGUCCGAGUCCAUCACACUUCAACAGUACUACAGAGAAGCCAUGAUUCAGGGCUACAACUUUGCCUUUGAGUACCACAAAGAGGUGGUGAGGCUGAUGUCAGGAGAGUUCAGGCAGCGGAUCGGGGAACGCUACAUCGCGUUUGCUCGGAAGUGGAUGAACUACGUCCUCACAAAGUGCGAGAGUGGAAGAGGAACCCGUCCCAGGUGGGCAACACAAGGCUUUGAUUUCCUUCAAGCUAUUGAACCCGUUUUCAUCUCUGCACUUCCUGAAGAUGAUUUCCUGAGUCUUCAGGCCCUGAUGAAUGAGUGUAUCGGGCAUGUAAUUGGGAAGCCACACAGUCCUGUGACCGGCUUGUACAUUGCUCCUCGAAAUAGUCCUCGGCCGGUCAAAGUUCCUCGGUGCCAUAGUGAUCCUCCAAACCCAUCCCUGUUCAUUCCUAAUGCAGAAGGUGCCAGUGUGCAUGAGAAUGACCGUCUGUCAUCAGUGGCAGCUGAAUUGCACUUCAGAUCGCUCAGUCGGCACUCCAGCCCUACAGAAGACCGAGAAGAGCCGUCGUAUCCGAAAGUCGAUCCAACCGCCGCCACGCGCCGUAGUUGGGAACUGCGUAACUUUAUUUGCCUGGCUAAAGUAGACACAGCUGCUUGUCAGAACCCAAUUGAGACGGUACACGUAGCAAUCCGCUCCUUCGAGGAGAAGCGCUAUGCCGCCCUGAGGCAGCGCAAUGUAAUCGGCCAGGUUUGCAGUACCCCCAAAUCCUAUGACAAUAUUAUGCACGUGGGUCUACGCAAGGUCACCUUUAAAUGGCAGAGAGGCAACAAGAUCGGAGAAGGACAAUAUGGAAAGGUGUAUACAUGUAUUAAUGUGGACACGGGUGAACUGAUGGCUAUGAAGGAGAUUCGUUUCCAGCCGAACGACCACAAAACGAUAAAAGAGACUGCGGAUGAGCUGAAAAUCUUCGAAGGAAUCAAACACCCAAACCUGGUCCGUUACUUUGGAGUCGAGCUUCACAGGGAAGAAAUGUAUAUCUUUAUGGAAUAUUGCGAUGAAGGGACCUUGGAGGAGGUCUCCAGACUGGGAUUGCAGGAGCACGUAAUCCGAUUGUACUGCAAGCAGAUCACUACAGCGAUCAACGUGCUUCAUGAACAUGGCAUUGUUCAUCGCGACAUCAAAGGAGCCAACAUUUUCCUCACAUCGGCUGGCCUGAUAAAGCUGGGAGACUUUGGCUGCUCAGUCAAGCUGAAGAACAAUGCUCAUACUAUGCCCGGCGAGGUGAACAGCACACUGGGGACUGCAGCAUACAUGGCUCCUGAGGUCAUCACAAGGGCAAAAGGUGAAGGUCAUGGACGUGCUGCUGAUAUCUGGAGUCUCGGUUGCGUUCUUAUUGAGAUGGUCACUGGAAAGAGACCAUGGCAUGAGUAUGAACACAAUUUUCAGAUCAUGUAUAAGGUAGGAAUGGGACAUAAGCCACCCAUUCCUGAGAAACUAAGCACAGAGGGAAAAGACUUCCUGGCCCACUGUCUGGAGAGUGAACCCAAAUGCCGUUCCACUGCCAGUGUGUUGCUAGAUCACCCGUUCGUCAAGGUCUGCACAGAUGAAGAAUGAUGCAGCAGCGGCCGUGGGAUCUCUUUAUGUUUACAAAUGCUUGCACUACUAUGUACGGUAUUCUUAAGGAACUGUGGUACAAGGAACUUAAGGAACGCGUGACAGAAACGUACAUCUCUCGGAAACCCGGCGAUCGGCGGCGGUACUCUGCAGCGUGGAGAGCAAGUUUUACAUGUUCAGUUACAGGUUUAUAAGGGCCAGUUGGGUGGAGCGGUAGAAGGUAGCUGUGGCACAUUGUAAAUAAUGUAAGAAUAAGGUUUAUUUUUUUGUAUAAAGCAUAUUGUAAAGCCACACGAUUAAACAACACGUUUUUGAGGGGAAGAAACAACAUUAGAAGGCACUUUUUUUCAUGUUCCCACUCGAAGCACAAGUUAUAAACGUGCCCGUCUGAGUGGGAGAGAGCUGGAGGAAAUCGCUGCUUGAGGAUUUAUUCGUCCCUUUUUUUGCAAAAGAGAAGCUUAAAAAAACGAGUUCAAGGGAAAUGCUUUUUUUAUAUUGUCGUUUUUAAAUAUUGUAUUUCUCGUUUAAUUCUCCGAUGACAAUUGUUCCAUUUAACUUCAAUAAGUGAAUUGUAUUGGAUUGGCAGACCCCUUUCCCAAUGGCCAGUGGUAUGCCUUUAAUAUAUGGGUGCAGUCGUGUUCUCGGCUAAUGAGAAAAUGGUUCGCUUCCUUUCUCGAGCAUUAACUCACUCCACAACUGCCUUACCAUAAUAUCUGGAGACAAUUUUGUUUUUUAAAUAUGAACUGCUGUAUGUACCAACAAUCUAACUGUAUGCCUAAACCCUAGUAGCAAAUACCUAGUAAAAACCCAUGCAUCAA